GCGGUGUCAACGGUGGCUGCCUGUUGAGCGCGACUGGACUUGGAUCGGAGCAAACCGACUCGACUAAGCUCGGACAUCGGCCACGGCGAACAAGAACCAGCAAUACGAGCCGUCUUUCGAGGCGUUGAAUUCGCGGACGUCUCGUCAACUGCCCGAUCAUCAUGCUUCUGCGCCUGCUGAGCGCCGCCUGCCUCGUAGCGGCCGCGGCUGUGGCCAGUCCGCGACCACCGGAGGAGGAGGCCUUCGAGGUGGAACGCAAGUCGACGCCGCUGCUCGCCAAGAAGAGCGGCGUCGCUUCCUCGGACUCGUGCUCCCUGGACGCCACCCUGGCCUCCAUGACCAUGGGCGACAUGGAGCGGCUCAUCGAGCGCUUCGCCAAGCUGCAGGGCAUGACCGUGUCCGGAGUCGUCAAGCAGCUCUACUCGGCCCUCUACUCGUCCAUCAAGCGGAAGGUCGCCGGUGAAGAGGGACUUUCGCCGAUGGCACUGGAGGCGAUCCAGGAGCUGUGCCUAGGUGGCGCUGGUCCCGCCUACCAGCUGGUGCCCCCUCACGGUCCCAUCUUCUCGGGCCUCAGCAGCGCCUUCAUGCCGAACACUGAGUUCGCGCCCCUGCCGCCCAUCAGGAAUCUGCGACCGCCGCCCGGCGCCAAGCUGCUGGUUCAGACCGGCGGCGAAGACCUGGACGCCAGCAUCACCGUCUCCCCCAAGAUGUCCCUGGUGGAGGCCUUGAGGCGCGCCGACUACAAGCUGGCCGCGGACACCGGCCGAGGAAGUGGCGUCCUUCACCUGGGCUUCUCGGCCACGCGCGCCUGCUACAUCGUCGAGUCCGUCGCGGGUGUCAGGGCGUCGCCCGAGCGUGCCUGGAAGAUCACCAUCUCAGACCGCUUCGGAAAGUUGGUGUACGAAGACAUCUGCCUGCCUUCGACGGAGGACCUAGUGGUUCAGCCGAGGAUGAAAAUCACCCUGACCUACGUCGAAACCAAGCGGAAAACGCAGUGAUCACGCUGCGCAACGACGCACUGCCUUAACGGGGCUGCCCGCCCUGCACGGGUGAAAAUCUUCGCCCAGAGCCCCACGCCAUUACACUACGUGUUAACUUA